CGCGUUUUGAUUGGAAUAAUAUCCCUUGAGAUGCAACUUUCAUGAAUAACGAUUACAGCACACAGCAUAUUGAACAAUCCUGGGAGGGACAACCGAAAGUGAAGGGUCCGAAGUGGCUACAUAAGCCUUUGUUAACGUUGAGUUUGUUAGGCUUACAAACUGUCUGGAGUAUCGAACUGGGAUUUGCAUCACCUUACUUACAAUCACUGGGCUUAUCGAAAGCAGCCACAGCUUUGGUUUUUGUCGCUGGUCCAUUAUCUGGCCUUAUCAUGCAGCCAAUUAUUGGCGCAUUCGCUGAUCAUUCAACUAGCAAGUAUGGCAGACGAAGACCUUAUAUUAUUUCAGCCACGUUUAUUAGCGCUUUAUCGAUCCUUCUACUUGGUUAUACCCGUCACGUUGCUUCUGUAUUCACUUCUCUCAACACCAAAGCUAAUGAUGACUUAACUAUCAUAUUAGCAGUUGUGGCCGUAUACUUUAUCGAUUUCUCAAUAAACGCAGUUCAAGCUGCAGAUAGGGCACUCAUAGUAGACAUUCUUCCGUCAUUCGAGCAAGAAGGAGCUAACGCGUGGGCUGGUCGAAUGAUCGGUAUAGGUAGCUGCAUGGGUUUUUUUGUCGGUAACAUUGAUCUAACGAGGUAUUUUUCCAUUCUUGGAGACACCCAGCUUGAGAUUUUAUCAUCACUUACAUCCGCAUUCAUGAUAUUCACUCAUCUGUUGACAUGCUACGCCGUUUCAGAGAGAGUUCUUAUAAGUGACCAUGGUAGGGCUAGCAUAACAAAAGUUUUCAAAACUCUAUUUACAGCAAAACCCCCACCAAGAGUUAGGAAACUCUGUAUAAUUCAAUUCUUCGCUUCAAUGGGUUGGUUCCCCAUAAUGUUCUGGUCAACUUCUUACAUUGGAGAAUUAUAUCUAGAUGAUACGAAUUUGGGAGAUGCAGAUAGCAGGACUGCAGAUGAAGCUACUAGAAUUGGUACACGAGCUAUGUUAUUCCAGGCUAUAGUCUCAUUAACGACAGCAAUUAUUUUACCUACGAUCAUUCAACCACUUGUUAAACAAUCACCAAUUGAAAAAGAAUCCCAAAACCCGGUUUCUAGAUAUGUUAAAAGAAUUAUACCAUCAUCAUUAUUGGAUUUAUCUUCCGUUUGGACUUUUUCACAUAUUCUUUUCGCUAUCACGAUCUUUAGCACUAUAUUCACAUCAUCUUACAUCGCUUCAUCUGUUCUGAUCGCUAUUGUUGGAUUCACUUGGGCACUUGCAAUGUGGGCGCCGUUUACACUCGUAGGAGAGAGUAUACUUUUGGACGCAAAAAAUGGAGAGGGUGACUACACCGCUAUCAGUAGACAGGAUUCAACAGCAGCACAGAACAUCUUCAUCCCCCACUACCACAGCAAGCACCACCAAAUGCAGUAGAUCCAACAUCAUCUAGCCAGGCUGGCAUUAUGCUGGGUAUACUUAAUGUUUCUAUGGUUAUUCCACAAUUCUUGAUUACAGGUGUAGCAUCUGUUAUAUUCUCC